CUAGGGUUUGCUCUGGAUCUAGGGUUUUAAUACGCGCGACGAGUCCCAUUCGAUCUGCAAAUAGCCGCGGCGGAGAAGAGAGGAGCUAGAGCGAAACCUCAUCGGCGGCGAGAGGCGGCGAUUACAAUGGCGAGGAUCAAGGUGCACGAGCUUCGUGGGAAGUCGAAGGCGGAUCUGUUGAGCCAGCUGAAAGAUCUCAAGGCGGAGCUUGCCCUGCUUCGUGUCGCCAAAGUGACCGGCGGCGCCCCCAACAAGCUCUCUAAGAUUAAGGUGGUGAGGCUUUCGAUUGCGCAGGUGUUGACGGUGAUCUCGCAGAAGCAGAAGGCUGCUCUGAGAGAAGCUUACAAGAAAAAGAAGCUUUUGCCGCUUGAUCUCCGCCCCAAGAAGACCCGCGCCAUCAGACGUCGCCUCACUAAGCAUCAGGAAUCAUUGAAGACAGAACGUGAGAAGAAAAGAGAGAUGUACUUUCCCAUGAGGAAGUAUGCCAUCAAGGCAUGAUUGAGAAUAUGCUCUUGACCUUCCUUCAUCUUUAUAACUUGGAUCCUGAUUGGAUAUUAGUUAUAUUGUUUAGUUUUGGUUUUAUGAGCAUUAUCAUAUGAGUUUUUUUACCCCUGAAGAACUGUAGACAUAUCCUUUGCCUCUUUUAUUACAGAACUUCGCCCAUUGAUGUUACUUUACAUGUCCGAGAUGUUUAAUUUUUGGUGUUAUUUUCAAUUUUCCUAUGUUUUAUGUUGUA